AUGACGGUUUCUUACAGCCUUGAAGUGGCCAAUGCCAGAUUUGGAGGCUUCUCUAAACUUCUGUUCAGGUGGAAAGGAAGCAUCUACAGACUGCUGUAUAAAGAGCUGCUGGUCUUCUGUGGAGUUUACCUGUUUAUCAGCCUGUUUUACAGGUUCCUCCUCUCACCGCGGCAGCAGGAUCUGUUUGAGCGAGUCGCUCUUUACUGUGAUCAGUUCACCAAUGCCAACUUCAUCCCAGUUCUCUUUGUACUGGGUUUCUAUGUGACCCUGGCCUUUAACCGUUGGUGGGGUCAGUACACCAGCUUCCCGCUGCCUGAUAACCUGAUGAUGGUGGUUUCUGGAAACGUCCACGGAGCAGAUGAGGAAGGCCGCCUGCUGAGGAGAACCCUGAUGAGAUACGCCAACUUAUCUUCAGUCCUUAUUCUGCGUUCCAUCAGCACGAGGGUUCAUAAGCGUUUCCCAACUUUGGAGCACAUUGUUGAGGCAGGUUUUAUGACGACACAUGAGUUGAAAAAGUUUGAGUCUCUUCACUCAGACUUCAACAAAUACUGGAUGCCCCUGACCUGGUUCUCCAACCUGGCAGCCAGAGCAAGAGAGAAGGGCCGAGUGAGGGACGACAUCGCUCUGAGGCUGCUGAUGGACGAGCUGAACAAUUACAGAGCCAAGUGCAGCCUUCUGUUCCACUAUGACUGGAUUAGCAUCCCUCUGGUCUACACUCAGGUAGUUACAAUAGCAGUUUACUCUUAUUUCGCCUUUUGUGUCAUUGGUCGUCAAUUUCUGAACCCUGAGAAAGGAUACAAGGGUCACAAUCUGGACCUGUACGUGCCUGUUUUCACCUUGCUGCAGUUCUUUUUCUACACUGGCUGGCUCAAAGUAGGAGAGCUGAUCAUCAAUCCAUUUGGUGAGGAUGAUGAUGACUUUGAAACCAACCAGCUGAUUGACCGGAACAUUCAGGUGUCCAUGCUGGCUGUAGAUGAUAUGUACCAGAAUUUGGCUCCAAUUGUCAAAGACAAGCACUGGACACAGAGACAUUUCUCCAUCCCUUACACUCUGUCAACAGCAGCUGAGACUCUGAGACCCGCAUUUAAAGGAUCCACUUAUGACAUGAGGAUGAGUGCAGAGGAUCUUGAGAUUCACCACCCUUCAGACACUCCUGGAAACAAAACCUUGUUACUUCUUAACGGCUCCCUAGGUGAUGGUCUCAAUGGUCUUCUGCAGAAGGGUAGAGGUAUCCUGCGAGGCGGAAGCCUCCCCUCUCUGAUUGAUGUGUCAUCACACCAGAAUGAGGAUGACGAUGAUGAUGAUGCUCCUGAGAGUAACACUGAUGCCUGCAAAGACAAAGAACAAGAAAAGCCAUUGAUUAAAGUAAUAGUGGAACAAACCUUGUAG